AUGGCUUCAGAUGACGAGGGAGGUUUGGAUCUCUUCCAAGAGCCAGCCGAUUACUUUGAACCAGAGAAAGAGGCAACCUUUGCUACCCACCAGCUGUUGUCAGGGAAAGAAUUCACGGUGCGAUUGGUGGGACAUAAUCCGUUGUGGGGACACUUCCUAUGGAAUGCUGGGCGAACGAUAUCAACGUACCUAGAGGAGCAUGCAGAUGACCUUGUGAAGGGAAAGACUGUACUUGAGCUUGGCGCAGGGGCUGGUCUUCCUAGCCUUGUCUGUGCUCUCAAUGGAGCCUCACAGGUGGUUGUUACAGACUACCCUGAUGCUGAACUGGUUGAAAAUCUUCGGUACAAUAUCGAUCACUGUGAUCUAUUGCCCACGCCAAGAAGGAUAGCUGCGGAGGGCUACUUGUGGGGUGCAUCGACCGAAACUGUGACAAGCCAUUUGGAGUCUGGCGGGCGAUUCGAUGUACUCAUUCUUGCAGAUCUUCUUUUCAACCACUCCGAGCACACGAAGCUUGUCAAGACGGUGGAGCUGACUCUGAGCAAAGCACCAGGGUCCAAAGCCUAUGUAUUCUUCACACCUUAUCGGCCAUGGCUUCUAGAGAAAGACCUUGCUUUCUUUGAUCUAGCCCGUGAGGCUGGCUUCACUGUCACUAAGACAUUAGAAAAGGUCAUGGAUAAGGUCAUGUUCGAGGAAGACCCGGGUGACGAGUUGCUGCGCCGUACAGUGUACGGUUAUGAGCUUACAUGGUCGAGCUGA